AUGCUCUCGUCCGCCAUCUGGGGACCGGCGAUAUGCAAAGCGUGCUGGAACUCCAGUCUGCCUGUUCAACAGCGAUCAGCGGCCAUCCACAUCCUCAAGCAGAUCAUCAACGAGGAUCUCAGCUCGCUCCGAAGCUUCUGCUCUUCCCUCUACUUCACCGAUGAGACGGACGGCACCCGGCCCAAGCUGUUCUGGACUCAGGAGGUGUGGAAUUACCUCUUGGGCGAGGCCAACCUUGCCAAAGGGAUCAGCCACGUUCCUCUCCCCUUGCAACAAGUGAUCUUCUGCACUCACAGCGACGUCGCGCUGCUGGACACCGAGCACAUGCCCGAGCUGGAGCUCCAAGACGUCUAUGCGCUCUUCUUCUAUGUGGUCGACCCGAACAAGGCAGUCCGUGAAGCGAUCGCGAACCUUAUCGUAAGUGCGAGCAUCUGGAGUGGCGGCCACUGA